UACUAUGGCUACAGAAUAUGACAACAAUGUCCUCACCGCACAGUUAUUCAUUUGAGUGAGCAUUAAUACGAAAAUAUGAAUGAGUUUGGAAAAACCUGCUUGAAAGCAACCAAUCUUGCUAGUCUGGUUCCAGCUAGCAUAAACAGGAAAUCGCAACUUACACUGAACACUUACUGUUCAUACAUAGCCUAUUAUUAUUUACGUAGCCUAUGUAAUUUGAUUGUUGAAAAGAAACUGCAAUGAAAUGUUUCCUAAUUUAAUUAUUAACACGCCAUUUAUUUCACCGUGCGCUGUUGCUAUCUUGCUUGACAGACUCCAGCUGGGCUUACGUAAGCAGUUGCCUUUCGUUUUCGGGUCAAGUUUCGUUUUUCAGUAAGCGCCAUCCUCCAGAUCAGUAAGAAUGAUAUUUCUCUGUAUAUGCUACGCACUUAAUAUCUAACACGGUUCGUAAUGCUGAAGAGUGCAAUGUUUCGCUGUGGACAGCUGUGUUCGCGUGUGUUCGCGGUGGAGUUUGACUUACGCACCGAACCUCUUUAUUUCACGCUGAGCUCAACCCCACAAGAGCUUCAUCAUGCUCAUCAGCAGCUCUUUGGAGAUGGUGAGAAACUCUUCUCGCUGCAUGUCCACUGUGACAACAGAACUGAGAAAGCGCGAACGCACGCCGAGAUAAAACACAACUUGUCCGACACUCUGUCGCGCGACUGCGAUGUUUUUGAAGCGUCCGCUUUCAUACCGAACGUCAAAAAUAGCGUCGUUAAGGGAUUUUUUAUACGAGACAAAUCCACUACAAGCCUUUCGGAGGAUAUACUAAAGACGUUGCAGCAGAGUAAAUCAGUAUGUGUGUUUUCAUACAAGCGCGAGGAUCAGCACUGCUGGCAGGAGCAGUGGUCACCUGUCAGUCCAGUGGAGGAUUCAGUGAGGAAGUACGUCACACCUGCAGCAGCUGCAGAGCAUCACCCAUCCACACUGAACAUCAGGAACGCUGAUGUCUACUACUGCAUGAAUGAAGCCUAUGAGGUUCUUCAGGAGUGCACUGACAUUAUCCCUGAGUCAAAGGAAGUGCUGAAGCUUGUAGACGAACAGUUGGAGACAAGCAGGGGGGAUGGAUUUCCUGUCAUUGUGAUCGAGGGACUGGAUGCCACAGGUAAAACUACUCUCACAGAAGCCCUGCGGGACACUCUGAAUGCUACUCUGCUGAAAUCUCCACCCCAGUGCCUGGCUCCUUUCAGACAGCGCUUUGACUCAGAACCACCCCUCAUCCGCAGGGCCUUUUACGCUCUGGGGAACUACAUCACUGCUGCCCACAUCGGGAAAGAGUCCCAGAGGGCUCCUGUCAUAGUGGACAGGUACUGGCACAGCACAGCAGCGUAUGCCAUUGCCACAGCAGUUGGUGGAAGAGUUGAAAACCUCCCAAAGCCAGACUCAGAGCUCUACCAGUGGCCAGAAGACCUGCUCAAACCAAACCUGGUGCUGCUCCUCACUGUCAGUCCAGAAGAAAGACUGAGAAGACUCAGGGACAGGGGACAGGACAAGACCGUUGAGGAGGCUGAACUAGAGAUCAAUCAGCUCUUCCGACUUAAAGUGGAGGAAGCUUACAAGAGAAUCCAGAAUCCUGCCUGCAUCAUUGUGGAUGCAAGCCCCUCUCCACAAGAAGUGCUGCAACAAGUGCAGCAUUUAAUUAGGAACAAAUCACUUGUAAACAACCAGCUCCCUACCAAGACCACUACAAGCCUACAUGAUACAUGCAAUCCUUUCACACACCACUAGAUGGUAGUGUAGUGUUACGAUUCCACCCCCAAUCAACUAAAUCCACUGUAAGAGCCCCAGUCAGACGAGCCUGGUGAUUGAAAGGGAGGCUGGUGGCUAACCGCCAGCAUAUAUUUCAGGGCUCCUAUCUGGACAUGUCACAACAUAUUCCCCUGCCCACCGAGCUUUAGUGAUGAUAUGAGAGGGAAAGACUCUGACUUAUUCCCAGUGAAACACAGGAACUCAGCUAAAGAGGUUUGAGAAUUCAUCAAUCACUACAAUUAGAUUUAAACACAAGAACUCAUUGUUGGUCAGCUCUGUGUUCAUUCCUUUAGGAGAGGGAAUCAAGGGACCUUAUGGAGAUAUUAAAAGCAAUAGAUCUGAUACAGGCAAUUUAAACUUGCUUUGAUUUGUUGCUGUUGCUUUUGGACACAGAAUCUGAUUAUUAAUUAAGAGUGAUAUGCUAGGACAAAAAUGUACACUUUAACUCAGUUUUCAGUUCCAGAUUCCUUAAAGUCUGUUUAUUGUCCUAAGAUAAUCAGCCAAGAAUAAAUUGUAAUCUAAUACAAAUCUUUUAAA